AUGGUACCCUACAUUGGCAACGACUCAGUCGCGGACAAUGGAUUAUCCAGACGGCAUGAAAUAUCCGAGCUCCUGCAACAAGUUGACAGCAUCACCACAAGAGCAUUCCACACCUCCAAUGGAAGUCCCAAAUCUGACUACCGUGGCGACAAAAAGCCUGUCAAGCGGUACGAAGAGCUCUUCAGCGGAUUCUCAGCUGAAGGUCUCGGGACUUCUGGCUUCAAAGAUGCCAUCGACCUUCUCAGCCGCAACUCAGUCGAUAACGCGUCACCUGGUUUCUUAGGUAAACUCGUCUCGGCUCCUUCAGCUCCUGGUAUUGCUGCAGAUCUUUUCCUCUCCAUUUUGAACAACAAUGGUCAUGUUCAGCGUGCAGGGCCAGCUCUCACGGCCGUCGAGAAGCAUGUCAGUCUUGAGUUGGCCAGGCUCUUUGGCCUUCAAGGGCCACAUGCAGGAGGUGUCACGGUUCCUGGAGGAGCUGCUGGUAACCUUAUGGCUAUGCUGGUUGCACGAAACAUUAUCACGCCAGAGUCCAAGCAGCGUGGUCUCACGCCUGGAGAGUAUGCCGUCUUUGUUUCGGAGGCAGCUCACUACUCGGUCUCAAACUCGGCCAAUGUCAUAGGACUCGGAAAUGACUCUAUCAUUUCUGUUCCUGCAUUGGAAGACGGAACCAUGGAUACCAAUGCCCUUGAGAGUGCUGUUGAACAAGCCGCUAGAGACGGAAAGAAACCGCUUCUAAUCGCAGCGACUUCUGGAAGUACAGUGAACGGCGCUUUCGAUUCUCUCGACAAGAUAGGCGAGAUCGCGCAUAGAGUCGGCGCGUGGUUUCACGUUGAUGCUUGCUGGGGAGGAGGUGUCGUCUUUUCCGACAAGCUGAAGCAUCUCAUGAGAGGAAGUCACCUCGCGGACAGUAUUGCAUUUAACCCUCAUAAGCUAUUGGGAGUCCCGCUUGUUUGCGCAUUCCUUUUGGUGAACGACCUACGAACACUAUGGUUAGCAAACAAACAAAACGCUGAUUAUUUGUUCCACGACCACACCUCCAAGAACGGCAAGGGUUCUGAGGAUACUUCCACUACAGAUAAAAACAGACAAAAGAAAGAUUGGAGAAACUCCAAACUUUUAGAUACCGCGCCUGAUGUCAGAGAGAUCAACGACCUCGCCUCGUUGACCAUCCAGUGUUCCCGUCGCCACGACGCGACCAAGAUGUAUCUCCACUGGCUCUACUACGGCACAGCAGGUAUCGCCCGCGAGGUCGAGCAAGCAGUCGACAGCGCCAAGCACCUCGCCCGCCUCGUGAGAGACCACCCGCGCUUUGAGCUGAUCUGGGAGCCGGAACAGGUUUUCGCUCAAGUGUGCUUCUACUGGGAAUCUGCUUCCACCGCCGGAGCCUCUGGGGAGGCGCUGGCGGAGAUCAACAGUAGCAAUACGCGGGCGCUGUAUCAGGGUAUUGAGCAGAUGGGGUGGAAGGUGGACUUUGCUCCUGGUAAGGCCAAGGGGCAGUUUCUUCGCAUUGCUUGUAACCGUUUGACUACGCGUCAGACUGUUGAGAGGAUAGUGUCUGAGUUGGUUGAAUUGGGAGAGUCUUUGGGCUUGUAA